AUGAUUGCAUAUGUCACCGUCCUAUUCGCCACCUUGGGCGUAUCUAGCGCGGCGCAGAUUACGGGACCUUGCCCUUCGGGCCAGACGUUGAUUUCCAACAACAAGUGCUGUCCUGGCUAUGCCAUAGUCAGCGGCGAAAACCACACAGAUUGCUGCAUCACUGAAAAGGGUAACGAUGGCAAUUGUCAAGGCGUUGGACUCUGCGGAAAUGCCGUCGGUACUUGCAAAGUGAAGAUCUCUGUAGAUGAUCCUGACUACGACCAGAAGGUCCAGGAUGCGCUCUCCGGUACGGCAGCUUCUCAAUCUAGUUCAUCGCUAUCCCUGUCGGCUGAGACCAGCCCUACAGCCUCUUCCACUCCCAGUCCCACUGAAUCUGACUCGGCUUCAGGAUCCUCCACCUCUUCCAACUCCUCCUCUACAUCUUCUUCAAACUCCGGGGCUUCCACCAUGGAGGGUAAUAGGGCAAUGCUCGCUAUGGUCGCCGCUCUAGCCGCCAUUCCCGCUAUCUUUUACCAGCUUUAA